GAAGAAGAAGAAGACUCAGCUGGCCCUCCGCUAGUUUUUGACAACAACGACUCUGUCGACAAUGUUCAGAUCUUGACUGUCGGACAUAAAACUGCCCUAACUUUCUAUCAGCCCGUUUUCUUUGUGGUUUUGAAGGUUUGCACAAUGGAGCCGUCUGCGCCCAAAAGCAAGCUGAAAAAGCUGAGUGAAGAUAGCUUGACCAAACAACCAGAAGAAGUGUUCGAUGUUCUAGAGAAACUCGGUGAAGGUUCCUAUGGCAGUGUGUUCAAAGCCAUCCAUAAGGAGUCGGGUCAGGUGGUGGCCAUCAAGCAGGUUCCUGUGGAGUCUGACUUGCAGGAGAUCAUCAAGGAGAUUUCCAUCAUGCAGCAGUGUGACAGCCCGUACGUAGUGAAGUACUACGGCAGCUACUUCAAGAACACAGACCUGUGGAUUGUCAUGGAGUACUGUGGAGCCGGCUCUGUCUCUGACAUCAUCAGGCUGCGCAACAAGACGUUGACAGAGGAUGAGAUUGCUACUAUCCUCAAGUCGACGCUUAAGGGUCUAGAAUACCUUCACUUCAUGAGGAAGAUCCAUCGGGACAUCAAGGCAGGAAACAUCCUCCUAAACACAGAGGGUCACGCUAAACUGGCAGACUUUGGAGUUGCUGGACAACUAACGGACACAAUGGCAAAGAGAAACACUGUGAUCGGUACUCCGUUCUGGAUGGCCCCAGAGGUGAUCCAGGAGAUCGGCUACAACUGUGUGGCCGACAUCUGGUCUCUGGGCAUCACGUCCAUAGAGAUGGCCGAGGGCAAACCUCCCUACGCUGACAUCCACCCCAUGAGGGCUAUCUUCAUGAUCCCAACCAACCCUCCUCCAACAUUCAGGAAGCCGGAGCUUUGGUCAGAUGAGUUCACAGACUUUGUGAAGAAGUGUCUGGUCAAAAAUCCAGAGCAGAGAGCGACUGCAACACAGCUUCUACAGCACCCGUUCAUCAGCCAGGCCAAGCCGGUCACAAUCCUGAGAGACCUGAUCACUGAGUCCAUGGAGAUGAAAGCCAAGAGGCAGCAGGAGCAGCAGAGAGAGCUGGAGGAGGAGGACGACAACUCUGAGGAGGAGACGGAGGUGGACUCUCACACGAUGGUGAAGUCCGGUUCGGAGGGUGCAGGGACCAUGCGGGCCACCAGCACUAUGAGUGACGGGGCGCAGACCAUGAUCGAACACGGCAGCACCAUGCUGGAGUCAGACCUCGGCACCAUGGUUAUCAACAGCGACGAUGAUGAAGAGGAGGAGGAAGACCAGGGAUCUAUGAGGAGGCAUGCCACCCCCCAGCAGCCGAUCCGUCCGUCCUUCAUGGACUAUUUUGACAAGCAGGACUCCAACAAGGCCGCCCAGCAGCAGGAGAACUAUAACCACAACCAGCCGCAGGAGCAGCCCGGCUACCACAUCCAGUCUAAGAACGUCUUCCCUGACAACUGGAAGGUGCCUCAGGACGGAGACUUUGACUUUCUCAAGAACCUGGACUUUGAGGAGCUGCAGAUGCGAUUGACCGCCUUGGAUCCCAUGAUGGAGCGGGAGAUCGAGGAGCUCAGGCAGCGCUACACUGCCAAGAGGCAGCCCAUCCUGGACGCCAUGGAUGCAAAGAAGAGAAGACAACAGAACUUCUGAAUCUCCCAAAACCACUACCAUCACAUAACUUGUGUCCCAUUGACUCAGAGGAGUGAAGAUGACCUCAUUGUUUCUUUUGGAAGCCCACUGCUGUUCUGACCGACUGCCAACUGGCCUACACAUGAAGUUGCAGGCUCCUUUUAAUUCACAUUUCGGCUCUGGGAAUCUACAACUCACCUGCCUUGUUUCUGCAGCACGUCUGGAUGCUGUUCGUCCAUUUAAGAUCUUGAAUGACGCUCGAGAUUGCAGCCAAUGUAAGAACUUAGGCUCUAUUGUCACUAAAUGGAAUUCCCCCCGUUUUCAAAUCAAAUGACAUUUCUUGCACGUAAACCUUCAGGGAAUCCCCAUCAGCACAUAAGGAAGCCUGUCGUCUGGCAGCGAGCAGCAGUUUAAUCAGCAGGUCAAUGACGUGUGGUCUUUCUUCCUCAGACUUUGUGUAAAUAUAAUAUAGAGCCUAGUUUAAAAACGACAUCAACAAGAAGCUGUGGAGGCUUGUCCAUGACCAAAGACAAUCAAAAUGAUGUUGAUUAAGAUGAUAAUGCCUUAAAAUAUUUGAAACCUGGUUUUCAAUGUAAUAUAAAAAGCAAUGUAAUAUUACAACCAAGUGGGCACAUGGUUGAGUGCCAUUUCCUACUUUGGUGAUGAGGGAGGAAAAUGGAGAGAGAAGACGUAGGUGAAAGGAUUGUGCAUGUUUUCAGUCUUUGGUGGAUCAGAAUAUCCUGAAUUAAUUUCCAUUAGUCUUAAUCUUUAUUUUGUUCUAUUGAAGUAGACAUUCUGGGCUUCUUUGAACACUGUUAAAGAGCCCAGGAUGUUCAGAAGCUCGUUGUCUUCAUCCUAUGUAGUGCCUCAUUUAUUCACUUUCUCCUGUUUCCGUCACUCCAAACAUACCAACACUCUUCAAGAACUGAAAAUCAGAGCUUUAACUAAACUUGAUGAUCAAUUGUACUGACAGGGUUAGACCUUAACUCAUUCCUAAGCUUAAAAGAAAUGUAUUUCCAUUCAAGCAAAAAGCAUUCCAACAUACUGUACGACUUGUUCUGUUUGUCUCUGGAGUCUUUUAAAAAAAAAACUUAAUCAUUGUUUUUUUUUUUUUGUAAAAAAAAAUCCAAUUAUGAUUGUCUCACUUGAGGUUACAAAGUGUCUGUUUACAUAUUUUACAACAAACAUGAAGUCAUCCUUUAACUAAAGCAGUGAAGAAAACAACAACCAAGAAGACCAAACAACAUGGGCAGUCAUAGAAAUGGUUUUAAACAUUGAAAAAACAACAACAAAAACAACCUCUGGUUCAGAUGAAAGGCACAGUUGAAUGAUACUUUAUGAUAACAUGCCUUUAGUCUCACAUCUACAGUUUGAAUUUGGAAAGUUUCAUCAUAAUUCCAUUCAUUUUUAAGCAAACUUCCCUGUAAUCUACAUUGAUAUUUUCCUACAAAUGCAUUAGGAUGGCCUUUUUAUUCUCAAAGGUGUGAUAUUAUUAAUGAAGGAUUUACGUUGUACUGUCAUCUUGCUCGCAAACUGAUUACAACAACAUAUUUUAAAAUGUUUUUGGUCCAUGUUUAACCUAAACGUAUACAUAUAUAUAUAUAUAUGUGUGUGUAUUGGCUAAUAUCAGAUCCUCAGCUCUCAAAUAAUGAUGUCAGUAUUGGCUUCACAUGUCUGAUGUCAGUCUGCCUUUUAUUUAAUUUAUAAACAAUUAUGAAUGUUUAAUUGACACCUCUGACUGAAGAGGUAACCCAUAUCUCACCAUGAAGGAAACAGUCUGAUCUGCUGUUGUCAUAGUUACAUUUGGACAUAUUGAUUAUACACAUGUAUCAAAAAUGAGCCGAUGAAUGAAACGUAAUAUCGUUACAUGUAGAAAUAUGUCCACAGGUUGCUGUUACACGUGAAUGUUAAUAUGCAGUCUUGGUUCUGUGGGUCAGCCCUCACCUGCAUAUUAAUCGAUGUAAUGCUAGGAAUAAGACUUGUUACACUGUCACACCUGAUUGACAAAACGGGCAAACUGAGCCAAUGUUUUAACCAUCUGGAUCCAGAUCAUUACUACAAUCAGCACCCUGUCAGCCUAUCAAUGAUCAGGGCUGUGUUGUUUUUGUUUGUUCAGUUAUUAUCCUUUUAUCUUUAACUUCACAGAAAUCAUCAUCAUUCAUAAAUUAAAUCUUAAAGUCAUAAUUCACAAGCAUUUACACUAUUUAUUAAUUGUAUUUUUGUUUACUUUUUUUCACAACGCUGGUUUAAAUAUGAUAGCUGGAUUGGCUGUUUAUAUUUUCGCCACCUUUGUCAAAUACAAUGUCUUUAAUUCUGUGUGCUUUAGACUAUGCAUGUUUAUAAUUCUGUUUGCUAUUUAGAGGAAUGCAAUGAUUGUGCAAACUGCACAGAUAAAGAGUACUGUUGAUAUCGAAGCUGCGUUUCAGAUUGAACAAAAACUAUUUGCUCUGUACAAAAAGUAAGCCCCAUUGUUGAGAAUUUGCCAUAAUAUGUAUAGAUAACAUCAAUCAGUCUUUGACUUAUAGCUUUAUGAUUUUGUUGUCAUUUAUUUCACGUUCAUUUUUCUGCUUUAUAACGACUUGAGGGUGUAGAGUGGAAUGUAAGCAUUUAUGUUUGAACCACUUAAUUUAUUAUAUUUUGUUUGUACUACUUUAUAACGUUUUGAAAAAAUGCAAUACAUAAUAAAAGUUACUUAUAGUUAACCUUAA